AUGGGGUCUACGUCCGUACACGAGGAGCACCAGUACCUCAACCUGGUCCGCGAGAUCUUGGACCAGGGUGAGCGAAGACCCGAUCGCACCGGCACAGGUACCCUGUCUGUUUUCGCACCCCAGAGCUUCAAGUUCCAGCUCAACGACAACGGCCGCCCCAUCCUUCCUCUGCUCACAACAAAACGGGUCUUUCUCCGCGCCGUCAUCGCCGAGCUCCUCUGGUUCAUCGAGGGCAACACAUCUUCCAUCGCCCUCAACGACGUCGGCGUCAAGAUCUGGGACGGCAAUGGGUCCCGCGAGUUCCUCGACAGCGUCGGCCUGACCCACCGCGAGGUCGGUGACCUGGGCCCCGUCUACGGCUUCCAGUGGCGACACUUUGGCGCCGAGUACGUCGACGCAAAGGCAGACUACGCCGGCAAGGGCGUCGACCAGCUGGCCGAGAUCAUCCACAAGCUGCGCAACAACCCUUACGACCGGAGAAUGAUCCUCAGCGCCUGGAACCCGCGAGACUUCAAGAGCAUGGCCCUGCCGCCCUGCCACAUGUUUGCCCAGUUCUACGUCUCGUACCCUGGGCGCGGACGGGGCGUUGGCGCCGCAGAACCCACGGAGGAAAACAAGCCAAAGGGCCACCUCCACUGCCAGCUAUACCAGCGCUCCUGCGACAUGGGCCUCGGCAUCCCCUUCAACAUCGCCAGCUAUGCGCUGCUCACGCACAUGCUCGCCCACGUGUGCGAUCUGGUGCCCGGAAGUCUUACCCACGUCAUGGGAGACGCACACGUCUACAUCGAUCACAUCGACGCUCUCCAGACACAGCUGGAGCGCGAGCCUCGGCCAUUCCCCGAGCUGGAGAUUACGCGGGAAAAGGGCGGCAGCAUCGAUGGCUGGAAGGUCGAGGACUUCGUGGUCAAAGGAUACGACCCCCACAAAUCGAUUCCCAUGAAAAUGUCCGUCUAG